AUGAAUACUGAAAAUGAAAGUGAGAAAUCAUCAGUUGAGACAGCUGCUGCUCCUCUAUGGAAAUAUGUUACUAGGUUAGAAAAAGCAAGUGUUGGUGGUGGGAAUGUUUCUUUCAAAUGUAACUAUUGUGAAAAAACUUUCAAGGGGUCUUAUUCAAGGGUGAAGCCACACUUGUUAAAACUGCCUAAGUUUGGAAUACAAGCAUGUGCCAAGGUUGGAGAUGAGUAUCAGAAUGAAAUGCAGAAAUUAGAAGAUGCGUUUGAGGAAUCUUCGCAUAUAUUGAAGAAGCCUAAGCUAGUGUCUUUACCAAUUGAUUCUCCUACUAGUCCUAAUUUGGAUAGUAGGGAGAGUAGUACAGCUACAAGUCAUCCAUUUUUUCCAAAAAAAAAAGGGGUUGGGAAUUCUCCUUUGGAGAGGGCUUUUAACAAUCAAUGUCGAGAGCAAUUAGAUUCUCUUAUUGCUAGGACAUUUUAUUCUGCUGGUUUACCCUUUCACUUUGCUAAGAACCUAUAUUGGAUUGAGAUGAUCAAGUUUGCAGCUAAUAAUAAUUUAGUGGGCUAUAUUCCUCCGGGUUACAAUAAAUUAAGAACAACUCUGUUGCAAAAAGAGAGGGCACAUAUUGAGAAGUUGUUGAGGGCAAUUAAAGACACUUGGAAAGAAAAGGGUUUAAGCAUUGUAAGUGAUGGGUGGACAGAGGUACAAAAAAGGCCACCUAUCAAUUUUAUGGCUACAUCACAAAAAGGGCUAAUUUUUAUCAAAUCCAUUGAUGGUACCAAAGAGUACAAAGACAAGCACUUCAUUGCUGACUUGUUUCUAAAGGUCAUUGGUGAGGUUGGGCAUCAGCAUGUUGUCCAAAUUAUUAUUGAUAAUGCGUCUGUUAUGAAGGCUACAGGAUCUAUUGUUGAAGCUGAAUAUCCUCAUAUAUUUUGGUCACCUUGUGUUGUGCAUACUCUCAAUUUGGCUUUGAAGAAUAUAUGUGCACCUAAGUACUCUUUGCAGAAUGAGGUUGCUUAUAAUGAAUGUAACUGGAUUGCACAAGUUUUAGAUGAGGCAACUUUCAUUCGUAUUUUCACCACAAAUCAUUCUAUGAGAUUAACAAUUUUUAAUUCAUAUUCCUCUUUGAAGUUACUUGCUGUUGUUGAAACACGAUUUGCUUCAACAAUCAUCAUGCUUAAAAGAUUGUUUCAAGUAAAACAAAAUCUUCGAAAUAUGGUCGUUAGUGAGGAAUGGAUGUCAUAUAGAGAAGAUGAUGUAGGAAAAGCUCAAACUGUGAGGGAUUAUGUUUUGAAUGAUUUGUGGUGGGACAAGGUUGCAUAUAUUCUGAGAUUCACAGAACCUAUUUAUGAGAUGCUUCGAGUGGCUGACAUGGAUGCACCUAUUCUCCAUAAGGUGUAUGAAAUGUGGGAUUCCAUGAUAGAAAAUGUGAAGAAAGAAAUAUACCAGCAUGAAGGCAAGGAAGACUAUGAGGAGUCUCCAUUCUAUGGUGUGGUACACAAUAUACUCAUUGAGCGGUGGACUAAAAAUUGCACACCACUUCAUUGCCUAGCCCACUCCUUGAAUCCGAAGUAUUAUACUAGUAAAUGGAUUGAGGAAGUCAGAGGCCAUGUUGCGCCACAUAAGAAUGCUGAAAUUUCAGUGGAGAGAAACAAGUGCCUCAAAAGGAUCUUUCCUGAUCCUAAUGAUAGGCAGAAAGUUAAUGCGGAGUUUGGUUUGUUUAACGCAUUUAAGACUUAUGAUGAGGAUAACAUGGAGGAUAGGUGGAACUACGAUCCAAUGCUUUGGUGGUCAACUUAUGGGUCUACUUUACCAUUGCUUCAAACUUUAGCUCUAAAGCUUCUUGAAUAG